CACUGUAGGGUUUCCUGGAUCUACCAGAUGAAUUCCUCAUCUUUAAACUUCACUGAGUCGAGCAGCCUGACUUAUAGAGACUCUCCCAGCUCUGCUGUGGCUAAGAAUGUGAUCGUCUUGGCUCUUGGCAUCACCAUCAACUAUAUCAACGGGACAUUGAUUCACACCUUCAGGAAACACCAGAUAUUUUAUUUGAAUCCUCGUUACAUCCUUUUCAUCCAUCUGGUGAUAAAUGACAUGAUCCAGCUGACUACAGCAAUCGGCUUAUUUGUGUUUAGUUAUGUCUUCCAAACAAUUAAUACUUCCUUAUGUUGCUUCAUUGUUACCUUUGCCGUUUUCACCACUCUUAAUACGCCGUUAAAUUUAGCUCUGAUGGCGGUGGAGUGCUACAUUGCUGUAUGUUUCCCACUGCGACAUGCUGAACUUUGCACCAUAAAACGAACAUAUUUUCUCAUUGGCUGUAUUUGGAGUUUAAGCGCAGCAUCGAUUUUGCCGGAUGUCUUUCUUAUCCUCGCAACAGAGCCUCUAAGGCUAUUUUACGCUACAAUAUUUUGUGAAAGAGACAUUCUGUUCCGACAUCCUAUAAGUAUUCAAAAGAGGGAUAUUUCUCACAUAAUCUUUUUAUCUCUUGUCUGGCUCACCUUUUUUCUUACUUAUUUAAGGAUAUUUUUUGCUGCUCAAGCUGCUAGUUCAGCUGAAGAAAAGGUGAAACGAGCCAGGAAUACUGUCCUACUUCAUGGGUUUCAGCUGUUUUUGUGCAUGCUAACAUAUAUAGCUCCUAUGACAAAACAUGUCCUGUCAUUUCUGUUCCCAAAAUAUAAUGUUCAUAUCUUAUUUGUCUGGUACAUAUUGGCCCAGAUACUGCCCAGGUUUUUGAGUCCUAUUGUGUACGGGCUGCGAGAUAAUACAUUCAAACAGUAUUUGAGAAAGUAUCUGCUGUGCACCAUCAGAGCAGCCAACAAACUUUAUCCUUAAAGCUUGUGAGGUUUGGAGGGUACCUGUCCAGUAAUUUAGAUGAGAUUACAGAAUCCUGUUUGCAUGUUAUCUUCAUUGUAAAAUUCUUUGUAAAAAUUACAAACCAUAAUAGCUAAAACUGAUCGUUUGCAUACAUAAUUAGAAAAUGUGAUGUAAAUGUAAACCUGUGAAGCAUCCCUCUUGCGGUAAACACAGACAACCACCAGGAAAUUUGAUGUCUUAUGCUUUUAUUUUGAAGGCUAACUUUUCUGUCUUUGAGGUCAACUUCCUGAAGGCUAGCUUGAUGGCGUACACACAUGAUGGCAGCCUGGUCAGACUUCACUAGGAGGGAAUUCCCUAAUCAUCCAUCUCACUGGGGUGGACCACCAGGUGAAGCUGAGGGUUAAAGUGGACUGAAAGUUUGGUUGUUGUUUUGUGUAAUAUUUGAAUAACUUGGUAGUGA